AUUGGUGAGGGCCGGUGCCCGGGCUGGGAUUGGCGGGCCGGUGCCCGGGCUGGGAUUGGUGAGGGCCGGUGCCCGGGCUGGGAUUGGCGAGGGCCGGUGCCCGGGCUGGGAUUGGCGAGGGCCGGUGCCCGGGCUGGGAUUGGUGAGGGCCGGUGCGGGGCGCCGGCAUGUUUUCACCGGUCAGGAAGAGGCCGUGCUCUGGCCUUUCUCUCCGAGCUCGAAGAAGCAACGCCUCAGCCGGGGACGGUCCUGAAGCCUCAGACCGCGGCCUGCUGGAGAUAGCGGCAGAACCAGAGGCCGCUCUCCCCGCGGGCAACAGCGGCUCAGGGGCUGAGGAGAAAUCGGGGCAGGAGAGCGGGAGCCGCCGGUGGUCCAAGCUCUCCAGGCGAUAUCGGAAAGCGGCCCCGGCCCCGGAGUUAGAGCCGGGCUCGGAGGCGGGUCGCCUCAGUGGGGCUGGAGCGGCGGCGCCGGCUGAGGCUUCAGGCCGGGGAGAUGAGGCGCCGGAGCCGGCAGAGGGGGAGGAGCGUUUCCCGCUUCCCUAUUACCUGAGGAAUUUCCUGAUGGUGCUGGAGGCGGUUCUGGGGAGUGAAGACAAGGAACUUUUCAAUGACGGAGACGAGCUCUGGCUGCGAACGUUCGGGAAACUCUCAGUUGCUGGCCAGAAGCUCUAUGUGCGACUCUUUCAACGGAAGCUGAAUUGGCUGAAAAUAACAAAACUGAAUUAUCCUGAGAUUGGUCUGGAUCUGACCCCCAGCAUUGAGGAACUGAGGCUCGCAGGCUUGUUACAGACAGGGUCAGAGCUAUGCGAUGUCUCCGAGGCCCUGGAUCUGCUGUCGGCUCCUGAGCUCAAACUAUUGGCUAAAAGCUUCCACCUGCGACCCCAGGGUCAGAGGGCAGAGAUUCUGAAGUCUCUGUUACGUUUGGCCAAGCAGCAAUCAAUCUUCAGCUGUAACCAGAACCCGUCGAGUCCUGGCCUCGCCAUCCUCAACAGGACAAAAGAACUGCUUGGACAUUGUGUGAGAGUUGCUGCGCCAGCCCGAGCUGUGUUCUCACGGGUGCUGCUACUCUUCAAUCUGACGGAGUGGACGGAUGAAGAGGAGGCGGCAGCUGCUGGCCAGAGUCAGCUGUCCACCGUAGUCAUUGCCAACAUGGGUCAUGUCACAUUCCCCAGUUACACGGUGCUGAGGGAGAAAAAAAUAUUCCGGCACAGAGAUGACCUGCUCAGGUACGUUGAGGCCAUUUAUUCUCUGGCUGAGGUGUUAACAGCGAUGACCCGUGGGACCUGGAGCGAUGCUCUCCAGAUUUAUAAAACUGCCAGAGAGAAGUGGAUCCAGCUGGAGAAUAGCAAUGAUAUCAGGUUCCAUCAGGAGCUCCCGGUAUAUCUGCGAUGUUUCACUGUGGGUUGGGUCUACACGAGGAUUCGAUUCCGCGGGGUUGAAAUUUUACAGCGACUGCACAUGUACGAGGAGGCAGUAGAGGAAUUGAAAAGUCUUUUGGAACAAAGCAUCUAUUGUCCAGAGAGCCGCGGGCGCUGGUGGAACCGAUUGAGUCUGAAUCUCCAUCAGCAUUUGAAACAGACUGAACAGGCAAUCCAGUGUUUGCGGAAAGGUUUGGACGAUGUAUGGGUUCACACAGGACAUCGGCUGGCUCUAUACCAGCGGGCUAUACGGAUACGUGAUUCCCCGAGCUGCAAGAAAUGGCAUCACCUUCUUCAGGACCUGCCAGUGAUGAGAGUGGAAGAUGUGUCACAUGUGAUGAUAAAGGGCAGAACGUGCCCAGGGAUGGGCAACUCCUUGUUUCUGAUGGAGAACACCAGUGAAGGGCCAAAUCUGGGCCAGGGGGAGCCUUGUUCUACAGUGAUCUGUUCGGUGGAGGAGGUUUCUCUGGCCCACUAUCGGCAGCAAGGCUUCGAUCAGGGAAUACAUGGUGAAGGAGCCAUAUUCUUAACGCUAUUUGGACUUUUCUUCUGGGACAUCAUCUUUCUGUCUGGAAUCCCAGAUGUUUUUCGAAAUCCCUAUCAGGCUUGUCCUCUAGAUCUCUACACUGACUGUUUCUAUCAGCACCGGAGGGAGCCCAUUGAAUCAAGGGUGGAGUUCCUGCAAGACGCACCCAUAGAAACUCUCCACAGACUCAUGGCUGACGUAUGGAACAAUCACAGAAACACAACUGCCACAUUAAUCAACUGGGAGAUUUUCAGCUCUCUUCAGCAAGCCCAGAGUCUAGUGAGCUGUCUGGGUGGUCUGUUCCUGAGUGGCAUUUGUAGCAUUCUGGCCAAAAACCUGAGGCACUGUCGUGGAGGCCUUCCUGAUCUUGUUGUGUGGAACAGCCACAGCCUCCAGUACAAGCUUUCAGAAGUGAAAGGUCCAACUGACCAACUCUCCCACAAGCAGAUGGUGUGGCUUGACCAGCUACGGAGACUUGGGGCUGAUGUCGAAGUUUGCCAUGUCAGUGCGGUUGGAGCACGGAGUCACCAACUAAGCUCAUGCCAGUGAGAGGACAGCUGGACCUCCUACCGCUCCUCCAGGUCAGGGUGGAUCAUAUUCCUGCUCAUCCUGCAGGAUGGGAUGGGCAUGGCCAGGUUAAUAAGGCUCCUGCUGGAGAUGAGGUCUUGGAAGAAAGCCAGUAUCAGUCACCCACUAUUGAUGCCUUGUACAAUACUCUGAAAUAGCCCAGGGAGCUCUUUCACUGACUCAGGCAGCUUGGCAGCAGGAGCAUAAGAAAAACGUUCAAAGCAAAAUAUUGCAGAUGCUGGAAAUAAAAACAUUUCAAAGCAUAAUAUUCGACUUGAAACAGUAAUUGUUUCUUUGACUUGAGUAUUUCCAGCACUUUUGUGAAACUUUUUAAAAUAAAAAAAGUAUCAGGAAGCUGAAAAAUGAUAUUGAUAAUGGUGAAACAUUACUGCCGAGUAUUUUCAGCACCUUCAUAACUUAUACAAAGGAGUUCUAGAGAUUUCCUCGUAUAGUAAGUACAAUAAAUAUUUCAUACUGUG